AUGGCUGCUGUCAACGUUAACAUCAGCCUCCAAUUCCGCAUCGCAACCCCGGACGAUGCAGAGCGGAUUCAGCAGCUCGUGCAAUCUGCCUUUCGUACCAUCGACAGCAGAGUAGGCUGGACCGGUGACGAGGAACUUGCGUCAAACUUUCGCCUUGAAGUGCGCGAUGUGCUAGCCAACAUUGCCAAACCAAACCUCGUCACUAUGAUAGCCGUGGACAAGAACGAUGCCCCCGUGGCCACUAUCGAGGUCGCCCAUCGUGACAACAGCAUAGGCCGAAUUUCUUCGUUUGCCGUGGACGACCACUACCAACGUGGUGGCGUUGGUCGCCAGGUCCUCGCCUACGCCGAAGACUAUUGUCGGCGCACUUGGAACGUGGAGAAGUUCUCCCUAAAUGCCCUUUCAUCGCGCAAAGCACUCCUCGAAUGGUACAUGCGCCGUGGCUACCAGAAGACUGGUGAAACAUCGCCGUUUCCGCGCGAGAAAUUCAGCAAUCUCGUGUUGCCGGAAGACUUAUGUUUUGUCGAGUUGGAAAAGAACUUCAGUGAGGUUGCUAAUGGGGACCAAUCUGCAUAA